AUGGAGGCUCUUUCCCCACCCUCCUCCCGUUUCGAGAUCGUUAGUUUCCCCAAACCCCAGCCGCCACCUCGUGCCCGGGAGGUUUUGGCUUCUUGGUCCCGCCGCCUAGCUCCCACGAAUGUCGGCACGGACCCGGCUCCCAGCUCUACCCCGCUCUCCGUUAGGCAGCCCCGCACCCCGGCUCCCAGGCCGCAUCACUCCCACCCGUCCCCAGGCCCUCGGGCCUCUUCCCCCGCCGCCCCACCUGGACAGCUGCGUCUGUCUCACCUCGUGCUUCGCGGCCGGCGCCGGCGCCACUUCCCACCCCCUCGCCCCACGCCCAGCACCGCGGAUGCUGCAGCGGAUCGGCCCGAAGCGAACGUCACGUGCCUCAGGACUAGGAGGACGCCGAGCGAGCCCCACCGCGCGCGGCGCCCUGCCCGGCAUCCACCCCUAGAUGAUGAUUGGACAAUGCUUGAUCUUAACCCCGCCUCUUUCUUCUCGUGCUACUGCUCCGUUGGUUGGUAUGAUCAUCGCUCCAGAUACCUUCCCACACGCCUCCUAGGGCUACUCUUCGUGGAGGAAACCUUUGGUACUUACCCAGGAUCCAGCUUGGCCUUCAGAGUGAUCUCCAUUCUGGGGCUCCCCUCCAGACAGUCUCCCCCUCAGCAACCAUGGCCAGUAUGUGGGCCCUGCAGUCUUUACUCCCUUCUUCCCUCAAUCAGUCCAUUAGUCCUUGGUAGCUGGGAUUCCUCUACCAGAACUCCUAGAAUGAGCUCAUUCUCCAUCCUGAUGGAUCAGCUCUGGCAGUUUCCAUCUGAUUAUUUAUCCCACUGUUUCACACUCAGGUGAACUCCACUAUGCUGUAUGUCCUCCAUGUCCACCUUCUACCUUUUGGACCACCACACUGCCAGGCUAAGUCUCAAUUAUAGUCCUCCUCACACUCAGCUCAGUGACCAAGCCUUUAUCUCCCAGGCUGGGAAGUGGAUGAUGGAAGUGGGGUACACAAGUAAUUUGCAACCCUUGAAUUUCACUGUCGACUGGGAGCCUCCUGUCCACCAGGGUAAGAACAAGGUAUUGCAGGAAGAAAAGAAUUAUUUGAAGCUCUAGCAAGAACUGCUCAUGGAUAUGCUGAUGGAUGCCACAGGCUGGCUUUAAAUGCUGGAAAAGAAGCUAGAUAUGGACAUAAGUCGUGUGGCUACUGCCUAUGUCUGGCAGAAGAUAGAAAGGAACAGAGUGUGAUUGGUAGAAUCUAUGGCCUUUUUUCCCAGGUGA